UGUUGCAGGGGCCCAGCCACUGGGCUUCCCCCACUAGGCCCUUGUGUCCCUUGUGCAGAUGGUGCUGGGUCAGAUUGAGGAACACAGGCGGAGUCACCAGCCCAUUAAUAUCCCCUUCUUUGACGUCUUCCUGCGUAACCUGUGCCAAGGCUCCAGUGUGGAGGUGAAAGAGGACAAGUGUUGGGAGAAACUAGAGGUUUCCUCCAAUCCCCACCGAGCCAGCAAGCUGACAGACAAGAACCCCAAGACCUACUGGGAAUCUAACGGCAGUACUGGAUCGCACUACAUCACUGUGUACAUGCAUCGUGGUGUGGUAGUCAGGCAGAUGAGCAUGCUGGUGGCCAGUGAGGAUUCCAGCUACAUGCCGGCCCGAGUUGUGGUCAUGGCAGGAGAGAGUCCUGCCAGCAUCAACACUGAGCUGAAUACGGUGAACGUCAU